GUGCCCCCAGCGAAGAUUGAUGUUUCGCUUGUUCAUGGGCCUUUGAGAAAGUAGAAGGAUUUGAGUUUUAUAUAGUUUUAUCGAUUUAGCAGCGUUUUACCUGCCAUAUAUCAUUAUAAAUGAGUGGAGCUAGUGGAGAAGUAAUAUUGGAUUUUAUAUUCUGUGUCAAGUGGCUGAAACUGUGGUAGUUUCUGGUCGGAGCGUAUUUUACUAUGGCAGAAGGGAAGCGGCAGCCAUUUUCGCUCAACGAUGUGUUUUCGCAACAAAACUAGCGGGCGUUGUGACGACGAAAUCCGGCGUAAAUUAGAAUUUGUAGAUUGUAGUAUACCAUCUUGUAUACUAAUCGGUUUGAAACUUUGACAUCAACGGUUAUAAUGCUGCACGGUUGAUACUUGGCCAAGUUUUGAGCAUAUAUGAUUGCCUUUGUGUGCUCUCCGAGCUGAACACGGGCGCAACGAUCAAGCCUACAAUGGCCGAAUCUGAUUUGAACGCUCCGCCAACUAAAAGAAGAAAACCCGAUGAGCCAUCGCCGCAUGAAACACCAAUUUCAGAGUCUGCAGACUUCUUCAACAACAAGCCUAUUGACUUAUCUAUAUUGGAUAACUUCGCACUUGAAGAUGACUCAAAUGGCAAUGGAGGCUUAUCAAAUGGUGAUCUUGGACUUUCAUCACAUUCAGAAAAUAUGGAAAAUCAUGCUCCUGUUGGUGAUGUUGUCUCCUCACCAUGCAGUAGUAUGGGCAUGAGUAGUAUGGGCGUUAGUAUCAUGGCUUCUCAGGGGGCUCCAACAUUUUCUAUGGCAACUGGAAGUAUAAACUCAAGGGACAUUAUGAGCCCUGCAAGCUCCAUUGCUGGUAUGACAACAAAAAGUUUUGCUAAUAGUCUAACAACACCUGCAAUAUCUAUGAUGCAGCAAAUGCCAGUUAGCACACUCGGUAUGCCAACCCCUGCCACACCACAUCUUAGUGCGGAACAAAACAUGAAGAGGUCAUCGGAGCAGACACCCCAGAAUGGGGGAUUGAUGUCCUCCAAUGCCAACUCCAUGCCAGUAUCAUUUGGUUACUCUGUGCAAAGUACAAUGGCAAAUGCAUUGUUACAACGAGGUAAUCAAAGUACUGGAGUUGUUGGCUCAAAUAUGCACACAGGUAUUAACAUGAUGAACAAAAUGCAGAUGCCUGUUCAAAAUAUGAACUUUCAGGCACAAAAUCCCAGGUUUGCCAAUGCAAAUACUAUACAGAUGUUUGGUACAGGACCAAUAAGAGUGCCAAAUGCACCAAACCAAAUGAUAGUUAAUCCUGCAAUGCUUAAAAUGCCAUCAUUUCAAAAUGAGAUCAGGCAUAUGAUGAAUCAACAGCAGCAUGCUGGCAUGGCAGCCAUGAAUGGCCCAGUUGGUGUACAAAAUAACGUAAUGAAACAAUUUCAAAUGAAUAACAAUCCAAUGAUGGCCCAGCAACAUGCAGCUUUGCGCCAACAAAUGUUCCAGUCAGAUACUAUGAAUCAACAAGUGUCUCUAAACCAAAAUAUGAACAUGAAUGGGCCUAUGGGUUUUACCCAAGCACAGAUUCAAAAUCCUGUAACUUCUAUGCCGAGCCAAAGACCUAUGCCUCAAAGUCUAGCAAACCAAGGCCUUAUGAACACUGCUGUGUCAGACGCAGGGAUGCAAGUGAAUCAAGGGCAGGGCAUGCAGCCAACAGCUACUGAUCCUGAAAAGAAGCGACUGAUCCAACAACAACUUGUACUUUUGUUGCAUGCCCACAAAUGUCAGAGACGGGAGCAGAAUUCAGCCAAUGGUGAGGUGAAGCCCUGCACCUUAGCUCACUGUCGCACAAUGAAGGGAGUACUAAACCAUAUGACCACUUGUAAAGCAGGGAAGGUUUGUCAAGUAGCUCAUUGUGCCUCAUCAAGACAGAUCAUAUCCCAUUGGAAAAACUGCACUAGAAAUGACUGUCCAGUUUGUUUACCACUAAAAGCAGCUUCAGGGGCAUCAGAAAGGCGUGCUCAGCCAUCACCAAUGGUCAAUGACCAGAGUGGCAUACAACAAGCAUAUAAUGCAUUGGGUAUUCCAUACAUUAAUAACAGCCAAAACAUGUCCCAGCAAGGACCUCAAGGAAUGCAAGAUGGAUCUCAGCCAGGCACCAAUGGAUCUUCUAUGCACGAGAGUAACCAGCAAGAAGAGAGGGACAAUUGGCAUAAGUCGGUCACACAAGAUCUGCGAGAGCAUCUUGUCCAAAAAUUAGUCCAUGCAAUUUUUCCACAACCGAUCAAUGACCCAACGACAAUGAAGGACAGAAGAAUGGAGAGUCUGAAAACAUACGCAAGAAAGGUCGAGGACGAAAUGUAUAGAACCGCUGGCAGCAGGGAUGAGUAUUAUCAUCUGUUGGCGGAGAAGAUAUACAAAAUCCAGAAAGAGCUGGAAGAAAAACGACAACUGCGACUCUUGGAACAGAGAAGUGUGGUGCAGGGUCAGCCAAAUAACAAGAUGAUAAGGCCGCCUGUGAAUAACUCUCCCCUCCCAAUGAUGAAUCGGCAGACGCCAUCACCAAUGAAAAUGUCCCAGCUUCCCCAACAACCACAGUCACAACAAACGCAAAUGAUGAGUAUGAAUUCGCCGCAACAGCAACAAUCUCAACAGCAGGUGCCGCAACAACAACAAAUGAAUCACGCCCAGCAGUUGAGCCUCACCAAAGCUGAACUUGACAGGGCAAAUGCUUUGCGUGAAUCAGUCAAUGCUUUGGCAGCGAGCACUGCAAGUCCUUCCGUGCAUAUGCAGAAUCACAUACAAAACCAGAAUCAAAGCCCCCUUGAAACCCGGUCUUUAGACCUGCAGAUUAGCCAAGCACAAAUGACCCAACUGAACCAGGUGCAAAUGUCUGUUGCGUCGGUCACAAAUCAGCUACAGGCAAGAUCACCGAUGGGACGACAAUCCCCAAAUGUGGCUCCUAGCCUCAACCGUACAAGCGAAGCAAAAGAUAUCGACAUGAAGCCGUCACCUCCUAGAAGCGUACCAACCCCUCCGCAGUUCAGCCAGGCAGGCAAAGGACCACAGCCGCCACAAACGCAACAACAACAUCAAAACUUCCGCAGUGGAAUCAAAACAGAAAUGAGAGAACCUGAAGAUGUGAAGAUGGCAACUAUGACGUCAUCAAAAAAUGACCACCAGAACCAAGCUAUCAAGGAUGAAAAACCAAAUCAUAUGCAGCAUGUUGCUGGAUCCAAAUCGCCGAGCCAAAAUGAAAAGAUGCAGACAGGCUCUAUCCCAAAAAGCCGCAGCCCCACCCCAAAGCCAAUUAAGAGUGAGCCUCCCUCCUCGCCUGCCAAUCGGACGUCCCCACCAUCAAGCAUGGCUAAUUCAAGCAAGGGAUCAGGACCUGUUGUCAAGAAGGAAGAAAAGACAGAACCAGGAACCUGUGACAAAAAAUUCCCGUUUAAAAAAGAUUUCACGAAAGAGGAACUGCUUGAAGCUCUUCUUCCAGUUUUUGAGAAGGUACAUUCUGCAGAUCCAGAGUCGUUUCCAUUUCGGCAGGCUGUCGACCCAGAUGCUCUGGGAAUACCUGAUUACUUUACGAUCGUGAAACGCCCAAUGGACCUGUCACUGAUUCGUUCCAAACUAGAAGAAGGAGAUUACAAGAAUCCUUGGGAGUUCAGUGAUGAUAUGAGACUUAUGUUUGACAAUGCUUGGCUCUACAACCGGAAGACCUCAAGGGUUUACAAAUAUUGCUCAAAGCUCUCUGAAAUAUUUGAAACUGACAUUGAUGAAGUGAUGAAGAAACUAGGGUAUUGUUGUGGCAGGAAGCAUGUGUUCAGUCCGCAAGUUCUCUACUGUUACGGGAAACACCUUUGUCAGAUACCGAGAGAUGCAACAUAUUAUAGUUAUCAAAGUAAAUACCACUAUUGUGAAAAGUGCUUUGCUGAAUUUGAAAGUGAUAAAAUAAGUAUUGGAGAUGAAAAUGGUAUUAUGCAAGAGAUAUCCAAGUCGCAGUUUGAAAAACUGAAAAAUGAUCAUUUGGAACAAGAGCCAUUUGUCGAGUGUAUUGACUGUGGCCGAAAGCUCCACCAGAUUUGUGUUUUACACUUAGAUUUUAUUUGGGGUACUGGAUUUGAAUGCGAUAAUUGCUUAAAACGAAAAGGAGAACCUCGGAAAGAAAACAAGUUCACAUCGAGACGGCUUCCACAGUCAACUCUUGGGCGUUUAAUAGAGGGUAGAGUAAAUGAAUUUUUGAAAACUCAAGAUUCCGAAGCCGGCUACGUAACGAUCCGGAUAGUUAGCAGUGUGGACAAGGCCGUUGAAGUAAAACCAGGAAUGAAAGCCAGGUUUGAAAGUGAUGAUGAAUUCCCAAACAGCUUUCCCUACAGAGCGCGGUGUGUUUUUGCAUUUGAAGAAAUCGACAACGUUGAAGUCUGCUUCUUUGGCAUGCACGUACAAGAAUAUGGUGAUGACUGUCCGCAACCUAAUUCCAAGCGAAUAUACUUAUCGUACCUUGAUAGUGUGCACUUUUUCCGACCUCGCCACCUAAGAACCAGUGUGUACCAUGAAAUUCUCAUUGGAUAUUUCGAGCAUUGCAGAAACCAAGGGUAUGUUCACGGGCAUAUUUGGUCCUGUCCUCCGAGCGAAGGAGACGACUACAUUUUCCACUGUCAUCCCCCGGAGCAGAAGAUACCAAAACACAAACGACUUGUAGAAUGGUACAGGAAAAUGCUGGAUAAGGCCAUCGAAGAUGGAGUUGUGUAUGGGUACAAGGAUAUCUUAAAACAAGCCAGCGAUGAUGGUUUACGGAGCGCCACAGAACUACCCUAUUUUGAUGGUGACUUUUGGCCGAAUGCUCUCGAGGACAGCAUCCGAGAGCUGGACCAAGAGGAAGAGGAACGACGGAAAACAGAAGCGUCCCAAGCGGCAUCUGCUGCCAGUGAAGAGCCUGAAGACGAGGCACUAGCAAGAGGGAACAAAAACAAAGGAAAUAACAAGCGAGCUAACAAAAAAGCAAACAAGAACAAGAAUGCAAUAAGAAAGAAUAACAAGAAAUCGUCAGUUUUGCAAAUGGGUGACUGUGAUCUAUCGCAGCGUCUGUUUUUGACAAUGGAAAAGUAUAAGGAGGUAUUUUUCGUGAUCCAGUUUCACUCACCCGAAAAAGAAGCAACGCUUGGAAAAAUCGAGGACGCUGAUCCGUUGAUGUCUUGUGAUUUGAUGGAUGGUAGGGAUGCUUUUCUAACACUGGCCAGAGAAAAACAUUGGGAAUUUUCAAGCUUGAGAAGGGCGAAAUUCUCCACCAUGGCAAUGCUUGUAGAACUUCACAACCAGGGAACCGAGAGAUUCGUCUACACUUGUAACAUUUGUAAACGGCACGUCGAGACGAGGUUUCAUUGUACUGAGUGCGAGGACUUCGAUCUCUGUGUUCCCUGCUUUAAUGAGAAAGGCCAUGAGCAUAAAAUGGAGAAGCUUGGUUUGGAUCUUGAUGUCCCUGAGCUGAAUGCAAACAAAAGCAAAGUGACUGAGCAGGAGCAGCGACACCAGUCCAUCCAGAGGUGCAUCCAGUCGCUAGAGCAUUCUACCUAUUGUGAAGAUGUUAACUGCCAAUUGCAGAUAUGCUUAAAAAUGAAAAAGGUUGUUUUCCACGCCAGCCAAUGUAAAAGAAAGACUGGAGUUGGUUGUCCUAUAUGCAAGCAGCUUGUUGCCUUGUGUUGUUUUCACGCCAAGACUUGUCCAAAGAACGAUUGUCGUGUACCCUAUUGCUUGCAUAUAAAGCAAAAGUUACGACACCAACAACUUCAGCAACAGUUACAAGAGACACAGAUGAUUCGGAGACGUAUGGCUGCUAUGGCCCAAAGGAAACAGCAACCACCCCCUCCUGCUCCACCGCCAGUGCCCGUUCAGCACCAUGCAAUGCAGCCCAUGCCAGCACACACUGCUCAUCCCCCACAAAAACAAAUUCAGAAUUUGAUUCCGAUGCAACCGCAGGUGCCAGUGCCACCCAGAGGUGCAAUGGAAGCAGCUGUAGAGAUAUCGGCAUUAGCUGCUCGGCAGGGACAGCAAAGUAUACAUCAGAACGCCUUGCAAUCAAUGCAGGUGUCUCAAGGUUUCAGAACAAAUCCACAGCAAGCCUUCAGUCAACAAGGCCAGCUACCUCAAGGAAUGGGUAUGGUUAACACACAAAACAAUCAACAACCGCCGGUUUUGGAUCGGUUACGGGCGAUGAUGCAUCAGCAACAACAGCAAGCACAGCAACAGGCCCAGCAACAAGCGCAACAGCAAGCCCAGGCUCAAGCCCAGGCCCAAGCUCAAGCGCAGGCACAAGCACAGGCUCAGGCACAGGCACAGGCACAAAUGCAAGCACAGAAUCAACAACUAUCAUCGCAGAUGCAGUCUCAGAUGCCAAUGAUGAUGUCACAACAAGGCCCAAUGAUGAUGCAAGGCCCUCCUGCGCAGACAAUGAGUGGGAUACAGCAGAUGCAGCCGUCAACACAGCAGCAGCAGCAGAGCCCCCGUCAGGCGAUUCAGCAGCUUAUUGAGACAUUGAAAAAUAAACCACAACAAGCAUUUGAACUCCUCAAAUCGAACACUCAGUUAAUGGCACUCUACAUGAGGCACAAGCAGUCGCAACAGCAACAACAGCAACAACAACAGCUGCAACAACAACAGCAGCAGCAGGCCUUCCUUCAGCAGCAACGUCAACAAGCAGCCAUGCUUAAUAAUGGCGUGAAUAUGGCAAUGAAUCAACAAGCCAUGCAACCACCACACCCGUUGCAAGGAAAUAUCCAAGAGCAGUUGAAAAUCCAGCAAUUAUUACGUCAUCAGCAGCUGCUACAAAACCAGCGAAAUCAACACAACCAGCAACUUGCACAACGACAUCAUCUUUUACAGCGCCAGCUUUCCAUGUCCCAGGAAAUGCCACCACCAGCGACAAACAUGAUGCCCCCAUCCAGUCAACAAUCUCAAAUGUUCGUUGGCAGAAACAACCCUAACAUCCCACCACAAAUGAUGCCUCCUCCACAGAAUAUGAUACCUCAAAUGUCACAACAGCUAGGUCAAAUGCAGGGGAACAUGCCAAACCAAAUGCCUGGCCCAAUGGGCAACCACAUGACCGGCCAAAUGCCUUCUCAAAUGAACACGCAACAAAUGGCUGGACCAGUACCUGGUCAGAUGCCAGGUCAAUUACCCAGUCAUUUAACAGGACAGUUACCUAAUCGUUCCCCACGACCGACUGUAUCUCCGUCAAAUAUUCCGACCGCAUCACCACGUCCUGUCAUGUCGCCGCAAACGAAUUCUGUCGCUUCGCCACACCAUCCCUCGACACAAUCACACCACACACCUUCGCCAGCACACGUAAACCCAGUGGACCAGACAUCAGCCACAGACUCGGCACUGAUGCUGAGUAGCACGAACCAAGUUCGAUCUAUGCCAACGUUACCCAGUCAAGUCGAUACUAGCAUACCGCACUCUAAUUCGGACGAUACGGAUUCUAAUAUGGCGCGUCUGACGCCCGAAGAUUUACUAGAGAGAUUUGUUGAAGAGAUGUGACCCAAAGUUGCUUUAGAGUACGUUUCAGCUUACAGUGAACACUCGAGAGAUAUUCUUACAGAAAUCGCGUCAUUUUUAUGAUGAAAUUUUUUACGGUGUAACUACCGAACCCGUGUGCUGCUUAAAUCUACGCUCCCUUCCUAUAAUUGUUCGUUGUAAGUAAAAUUUUUACAUACCAUAACUAUUCUUUUUACGAUCAGAACUAUCCGAGUUCUGGAUCUCCCCCCCCCCCUCCCCCCAAACGACCGGUCGAAGCUGUCAUAACUCAUGCUAAGGGCAUCAUAAACAGCCAUAAAGUAGAAAGAAAUAUCCCGCCCGACAUUUUUUCUGUUAUGCAGAUAGUCGGUGCAUCUGUAUCAUCUACUAAAAACGAGUCUCACAAUACUACAAAAUCUCACAACCUCCUUACAGCAACCGUUCAUCCCACCUUGGCCUUUUUGAUUGAAGUAGAAAAACGUUUUUAAUUAUCCAGCAGCAUUUCUUGUAGUAAAUUUUCUCUGGUUUGUACUGCAAAAUUGUACAAUGUUUGUAGGUACUUGUAAAUUCCUUGAUAAAUUCUCUCAACAAUUGGAUCUUUGAAAUAUGGCACGUUUCCCCCUUUCACCUUUUUCAUAACUUUUGAUACACUGGUUAGCAUUGCAGUUGUAUCAGGGGGUUUCUUUCGUAGCAUUUAUGUACAUGUGUAAUGAAAUUAAUCUAGAGACGCUUUUAUUUAUGUUUUUAAAUCCCAACUAGAAUUCCAUGAUUUAUUCAUGGUCGCAAUACAGUACUGCUCCCGUGGGAGGUUAAUUUUUAAGGAGCCCUUUCACAAUAGAUUGCUGUCAGAAUUUACUCAAAUGUAUGAUACAAACCUGGAUUUGAGGAUCUUUAUGGACGUUCCAAGACGUUCAUGUCCUGUUAUUUUCAACUGUACAGAGGAGCAAUACGUUUUGUUGAGUGCUUACUGUAAGCAAGUCUGUAAAUCUGUUAUGUGGACAUACUUUUAAUCAAGAUCCUUGUAUUGCUCAUCGUAAUGUGGACUUUGAAGAUGGAUGCCAAAUAAAUAUCAGGGUGUCCGAGAAAUGUUUAGUUUACUAUAUUUACGAUAAUAGAAUGACCAGAUUUUUUGUACCUAAACUUUGUUUCCUAUAAUAUAAUAUUGAUAUCGAUAAAAAUCUGUUGUAUA